AUGUCUUCGAAUAAAAAGAAUAAAAGUCGGAGCAAAACAGUCCGUGAACGAGAGCAAAGCCAAAAGACUGCUGGACUUGACGAGCCGACAACUGCUGAUAGAAAACGCGAACGGAAGCAGAUUGUUAAAUUUGUGGCAAGAACUCUGGAAAAGGGACCAUCAGGACUACGUUCCGAGUUUGCUGGAAUGAAAAGAUUCAAUGAUUUCUCGAAGAUGAAAGCAUUCAAAGAAAACCAGAAGCAUGGAAAGAAUCGAUACAAAGAUGUUGGAUGUUUAGACAACAAUCGAGUGAAGUUAGGUGGUUCCUGGCCUCAUGAAUACAUUCAUGCCAACUACGUGGCAACUCCAACCAAUCCAAAACGUUUCAUUUGUACUCAAGCGCCAUUGGAGAAGACUUGUGCUGACUUUUGGUACAUGUGCUUGCAGGAUCGUGUUGAAACAAUUUUCAUGCUCUGCAACUACACUGAGAAGGGAGCAAAAAAGUGUUUUGAAUACUUGCCGACUGAAGAAAAGCCGGAUACAAUGACGUUCAAGGAGAAGAGUCAGAAAGUAACAGUGAAGUUCGAGUCAUCCAGUUCGAUCAAAUUCCGAGACAGUAGCAACGCAAAAGUCACAAAAACGAUUCUAACAAUCGAAGGAGCCGGAUGCGAGAAGUUGAAAAUAACUCAUUAUCACUGGAUUGAUUGGCCUGAUCGUGGUGUUCCAACUGCAGAUAACGCAAUUCUGGAACUUUUAGAGAAGGCGAGAGUAUCCAAGGGUCCGAUUGUUGUCCAUUGCUCAGCUGGAAUCGGACGUACUGGAUCCGUGGUGAUGAUUGAAUAUGUGAUGGAUCAAUUGUUGAAUGGGCAGAAUAUUGAAGAAAGUGAUAAGAUACUGCAGAAGAUUCGUGAACAGCGCAAUAACUCUGUCCAGACUGAUCAUCAGUAUUUGUUCGUCCACCAAGUUAUGCUCAACUUUUUCGAGAAACGCGGAUUGCUCGAUGAGAACACAAUGACAUUCCAUAAAGAAUUCACUGAGCAAUACAGUAAAUGUGUCCUCUGA